AGCUGUGGCAGGAGCAAGUCGUCACGCUAGUUAGGAGUAACGCAGCAACAUGCAGCCGGCAUCUGCAAAGUGGUACGACAGAAGGGACUAUGUCUUUGUUGAAUUUUGUGUUGAAGACAGCAAACAAGUGAAAAUAGAUUUUGGAAAAAACAAACUAACUUUCAAUUGCCUUGGGGGAUCAGAUAGUCUUAAGCAUCUAAAUGAAGUUGAACUUUUUCAAGCCAUUGAUCCUAAUGAAUCCAAACAUAAAAGGACAGAUAGGUCUGUUCUGUGUUGUUUACGAAAAGCAGAAUCUGGCCAAUCAUGGCCACGUUUGACAAAAGAAAAAGCAAAGCUCAACUGGCUUAGUGUGGAUUUUAACAACUGGAAAGAUUGGGAAGAUGACUCAGAGGAAGACAUGUCAAAUUUUGAUCGCUUUUCAGAGAUGAUGAACAACAUGGGAGGAGAUGAGGAUGUAGAUUUACCAGAGGUUGAUGGUGCAGAUGAUGACUCGCCAGAUAGUGAUGAUGAAAAAAUGCCUGAUCUGGAGUAAGAAGACUUCAUGGGCAGGGGUGGGUGGUUGGAUGGAUGGAAAACAGAUUUCAACAUAUUUGGCAAAAGUUGCCAAUACCCAAGUUGUACAUACAGUUACUAAGUACUUCCAGUCAGCCUUGUUCAUUUUGUUAUCACGGAAUGGCUUUCAUCAGGAGUUGGAGCUUAAAACUGUACAUGGCAUCCUUUUACCAUUUAUCCCCAAAGAGCUUCAGCUAAAAAACUUCCAUGAUUUGCAAGCUUCUCUGGAACACAGUUGUAUGUUGAUGUCAUAUGUGGCUAUAAUGGAACAGCAUGGAUUGUGUUUACAUUUUAAAUUUUGUUUUCCUACCCCAGAUCUUCAUUAGAUGGAGUUUCUUGUAUUAGUACAUGCACAAAGACACUGGCAAAACUGACAUACAUAUAAUAAACCAUGCAAGAAAGCUUAUUUUUUAUAAAAGGUUUUAUAAACUAUAGUUAAGCUAUAGCAUACAAAAUCAAUCUGCUUGAUUGAAAAAUGUCAUCUAGUCUUACAUUGUCCUUUGUUGUAAAGUAUUAGUUUUAUGGCUAUACAGAGACAUAGAUGUCAGCGAUUAUUAAAACUAAAGUUUUCAUGG